AUGUUGGCAUAUGCAAAAUGGUUUUUUGUGCGAAAGUAUCGGAGAAUUCGACGUUUUUCGAUGGUACUACGUCGAGCGCACUUUUUUGAUUUAUUGCAAACGCUGAUGAUAAGUGCUACCGUAGGACAAAGGAAAGAAUUUAGUUUCUUAGCAAGGGGGCGCCGCUGUGUGGAAAGCUACGAUAGGGUGUUAUUGGAUGGUGCGGAAGUAUAUCCGAGGGUGAAACAUCCAAUCUGUAAGUGUCAUCAAAUUAUUACACCGUUGAGGCACUCUAAGAUCGGUGGCAGGCAACAGCAAGUAGCUCCUGGCAAUUUAUAUGAGACGGUAUGCGGCUAUGGGGACGAUGACUGUCGUCAGCUGUCGUCCCGAUGGGCUACCGAACCCCACCCAUGA